GAUCAAAUGGCUGACAAGUGUUAUGUUAUAAAAGUAGAGGAAGAGAAGGCCGCCGCCGAUGGAAAACCUUCAAUCGGUCCUAUUUAUCGCAGUUGUUUUGCGGAGAAUGGUUUCCCUGCUCCGAUUCCUGGAAUGGAGAGUUGUUGGGACAUUUUCCAGAUGUCAGUCGAUAAAUAUCCUGAUAAUCCCAUGGUUGGUCGCCGUCAGAAUUUGAACGGGAAAGCUGGAGAAUACGAGUGGCAAACUUACAAAGAAGUUUAUGACACUGUAAUGAAACUCGGAAAUUCCAUCAGGAGCUGUGGUGUUGAGAAAGGAGGAAAAUGUGGUAUUUAUGGUGCCAAUUGCCCAGAGUGGAUAAUAAGCAUGGAGGCCUGCAAUGCUCAUGGACUCUAUUGUGUUCCCUUGUAUGACACUUUAGGUUCUGGUGCUGUGGAGUUUAUUAUAUGCCAUGCAGAAGUUUCAAUAGCAUUUGUGGAGGAAAAAAAGAUCAAUGAACUGCUUAAAACAUUCCCAAAGGCAUCGGAAUACUUGCGAACAAUUGUUAGCUUUGGGACAGUAACACCUGAGCAGAAAGCAGAAGCUGAGAAGCAUGGUUUGGCAAUAUAUCCUUGGGAAGAAUUUUUGAAAUUGGGAGAAAAUAAAAAUUUUGAUCUACCAGAGAAGACGCAAAGUGAUAUUUGCACAAUAAUGUAUACAAGUGGAACCACUGGUGAUCCCAAGGGAGUUUUGAUUUCAAAUUGCAGUAUUGUUACUCUUAUAGCAGGGGUGAAACUCCUGCUAGAGACCGUAAAUGAAGAGUUGACUGAGAAGGAUGUAUAUCUUUCUUAUCUUCCUCUUGCACAUAUCUUUGACCGGGUGAUUGAGGAGUUUUUUAUUUCUCGAGGUGCCGCAAUAGGAUUCUGGCGUGGGGAUGUGAAACUAUUGGUUGAAGAUAUUGGGGAGCUAAAGCCAACUAUCUUCUGUGCCGUUCCUCGUGUGUUAGACAGAAUCCAUUCAGGUUUAGUACAGAAGAUUUCUGGGGGAAGCUUAAUGAGAAGGAAGUUGUUUAAUGUGGCAUACUCAUACAAAUUUGGUAAGAUGAAGAAGGGCAGUAAACAUGAAGAUGCAUCUUCAAUUUGUGACAAAGUUGUAUUCAACAAGGUAAAGAAAGGAUUGGGAGGGAAUGUGCGGCUUAUUCUAUCCGGGGCAGCACCUCUUUCUUCUCAUGUGGAAGAGUUCCUGCGAGUGGUUGCAUGUUGUCAUGUUCUGCAAGGAUAUGGUCUAACGGAGACUUGUGCGGGGACUUUUGUCUCAUUACCUAAUGAAUUGUCGAUGCUCGGUACUGUAGGUCCUCCAGUACCGAACGUAGAUAUACACCUAGAAUCUGUUCCUGAAAUGGGAUACGAUGCUCUUGCAAGCACACCACGUGGGGAAAUUUGUAUCAGGGGAGACACACUAUUUUCAGGGUACUACAAACGUGAAGACCUUACUAAUGAAGUAUUGAUUGAUGGAUGGUUCCACACAGGGGAUAUUGGUGAGUGGCAACCAAAUGGAAGUAUGAAAAUUAUCGAUAGAAAGAAGAACAUUUUUAAACUUUCACAAGGGGAAUAUGUUGCAGUUGAGAAUCUGGAGAAUAUUUAUGGUCUCUCGUCUGUUACUGAUUCGAUCUGGAUUUAUGGGAACAGCUUUGAGUCCUUCCUGGUUGCUGUCGUUAACCCCAAUAAGCGAGCACUUGAAACCUGGGCUGCUGAGAAUGCUGUAAGUGGUGACUUUGAUUCCAUCUGUCAAAAUCCCAAGGCCAGACAGUACAUAUUUGAGGAGCUCACAGAGAUUGCCAAAGAGAAAAAGCUGAAAGGUUUUGAAUUUGUAAAAGCUGUCCAUCUUGACCCUGUGCCAUUCGACAUGGAACGCGACCUUCUCACCCCCACGUAUAAGAAGAAAAGGCCUCAAUUGCUCAAGUAUUAUCAGGUACGUAGCUGUUUUCCUUUUGUCAUAUUUGGCUUGCGCGGCCAAAUGAUCAACGCCGUUUGGAUGCAGAAUGUGGUUGACAACAUGUACAAGACUGCAAACAAGCCAAAUGCUUGA